CUUUUUUCCAACAAAGAUACUGUGAGGGAUUUUUUUUUUCGUUUUCUAACUCUUUCUUUCGCUUCCCCUUACAUUCCUUACUUCAAGAAUCCAGCACAAAGAUUCUUCAACUUCAUUAUUUACAUUCAUUGUAUUUAUAUCCAACACGGUUAUCAUGGGGUCUCGAGCCUUUUUUCUAACACUGUUAAGAUUUCUCUUAGUUAUAGUAAGCGUAGGCACGCUAGUUUGCCAUGCUGUUCAAAUAGUAAAGUUAAACGAUAACAGUUGGUUUUCAAAAAAAAAUUAUUCGUAUAUUCUUUAUUUCGUGGGACCUGGAGUUUCAACACUUUCCUCUUUGGCAUUGGUUUUCUCCAUAAUUUGUGGUAUAAGAUCGAUUAGGGGAGAUCGUUUUUUGGGUAUUUUGAAUUUGGCAUUGAUGAUUGCUACUGUGGUGGUUUGCACUCUCAAAAGUGGUCCUGUUCCAUGGCAAGCUAACGAUGAAGGAAGUGAAGGUGGCCCAAAUGGAUUUCAAUCCUCUUGUAACGGCUACCAAGAUAGUAAUUCGACCCUUUACAUUCGAUGCUGGUUAUCGAAUGGUGCAUGGAUUGGAUCGAUAGUGAUAGCCGUUUUCUGGUUAAUAUUAUUACUUUAUGUAUUUGUUCAACGAAGUGGUGAUAUUUAUGAUGAUGAUGAAUAUGAGGUCUACGAUUUUAAGAAUGGUAGUCAUCAACAUGAUAUUCCCAUGGCUGUCACCUCUCAUUCACCUAUACUAUCACCUUUGAAACAACAACAGCAACCAUCUCCACUUCUUCCAGCACAUCCGGUCAUGGUGAAUGAAUACGAUCAUGCUCACUAUGAUACAGGAUAUAUGGAUUAUAGUCAGCAACAGCAAGCUUAUGGAUAUCAACCCCAACAACCAUAUACAGAUCAUCAUUAUCAACAACAUUAUGAUCCUUACGGAGCAGACGGUCAUAUUCAUAACAAUGGCGGUAAAGGAUACUAUGUUCCCGGUCUUGUAGGCGUAAACUCAUCUCCUCUGACUACCACUGCAACACAACAUACAUCCACUACCGCAAACACAAACACUCCAGGUGGAGGCUCCCAUAUCGAUGAUACGACGCAUAUAAUGGCCGAUGUUGGUGGUGUUGGUCAUCAUUCUCCUUAUCCUGUGAAUAAAUCUCCUCCUCAUACUCCAUCUCAUCAAGUUCCACAUACUUAUGAAUAGGACAUUUAUCUUAUUCCUACAUAUUAGAUUUACUUUCAUGGUAUUCAUCCAUCCUGUUCCUUUUUUAACCCUAUCCAGAGUAAUCAAAUAAUAAAUCAUGAUCACUACUCAUAUAUAUGAA